AUGACGUCCCCGGGAUCUCGUAAGAGAGUGAAGCCCACCCUCUCCGGCGUGGACACACCAGUCACACCCGACGGUCGAGACCGAUCGGACUCCCAAAGUCGAGGGCACAACGCAAAUGGGUACCCUGGCAUAUGGUCGUCCGCCGCAAGACUCCCUAAAGCAGCCCCAGUUACCGAGGUUGCCCGUGAGAGCAUCUCAGCCGCCAGAUCUGUAGCUUCGGCUGCCAUGGAUUCAUCAGCCUCCUUACUUGAAACCCCCACAAAGCCCCGAAACCCUUCUCUACAACUCACACGCAAGGCAGGGGCAUCGACUAGGUCCCUGCCCGCCGGAGCUGCCACAACCCGAGUCAACAUUGCAUCAGAUGGUUCAGCUUCCACCACAGCCCCCGACGAUAACGGUGAUCCCGCUGCCAGCAAAGCUGUGACAUCAGAUAAAGAUACUGCGGAGGAUAUCGAUCCUAAGCCUGUAGAGGGAACGGUCAAGGAACAGGAGACUGCACCCACCCCCGAUCCGAGUCCGAAGCCCGCGGCACCUGCAGAGGGAGCAGAGCAAUCCAGUGGCUGGUUCUCGUGGUUUUAUGGAACGUCUGGUACAAAUCAGGCUGCUGCGAAACCCCCAGAGUCCACAGAAACAACGGAGGGUCCGUCGGUCGAGCCAAGCACAGAGCAGGUUGCUCAGUCCCCUGUGAAAGAGGUACUUGAGGAAACGGAAACAGCAGCGGAACAAAGUCAAAGCAAAGAUACGGUUGAAAUUACACCCACGACACACAAACGAUCCUGGCUUCAGAUGUGGUAUGGUACAACCACACCGAAUAACCAAGAACCAUCGACAACUUCCACGGUUGUUGCUCCUGUGGUUGACAAUACCACAGAAGAGUCCAGAGCUAACAUGCCCCCAAAGGAUCCAACAAAGGACCCAAGAGAACCAAACGGUGGCUCGCAGACCCCCGUCACACACACGAGAUCAUCUGGCUGGUCGUUUUGGUCCAAAGACACAAAUAAAGAUGCGCCCUUGGAUACGCCGCAAAAAGGAGAAGCAGUUGAGGCUUCAAUGGAACAAGAUCAGCCAGCAAAUACCAACGCACUUGAGCCAGAAACAGAUGCAAACGUGAAGAUAACCCACACGGGUAGCGUCAAAAUCAAGCCGCCGAAAGACAACCAAUCCAAGGAUGGAUCUUUGUCUAUUGCCGAUGCGCCACCCGCUGAGCCUCGACUGGCCGAUACCGCUGCCUCGAAGCAGCUGCAGAAAAUCCUUCCGAAUCAGGUCUUGCCUAUUUUCCAGGAGACAUACGCCUUCGAGGAACCACCCUCGAUCUUACAGAGCCUUGGUAGGCUCCUGCAUUACAGUAAAGGCGAAGAAGUCCGACACGUCAGCAGACUCCGAGAACCGUUACACGUUAAACGUGCCUUGGCGAUCGGCGUGCAUGGCUACUUCCCAGCACCUUUCAUCCGAAGCGUACUCGGGCAGCCCACCGGGACCUCACUUCGGUUCUCCAGUAUGGCGGCAGAUGCCAUUCGGAAGUACACAGAGAGUCACGGCUACACAUGUGAGAUCGAGAAGAUCGCUCUUGAAGGAGAAGGCCGCAUCACGGAGCGAGUGGAUCUUCUAUGGAAACUCCUUCUCAAUUGGAUGGAAGAGAUAAGAAAAGCGGACUUUGUCAUGAUCGCAUGCCACAGUCAGGGUGUUCCGGUGGCCAUCAUGCUAGUGGCAAAGCUGGUACAGUUUGGUUGUCUUGAUGGCAAACGAGUUGGUAUCUGUGCCAUGGCUGGCGUGAAUCUCGGUCCCUUCCAUGACUAUCGUUCUCGGUGGAUCAGCGGAUCUGCCGGCGAACUUUUUGAAUUUGCUCUUCCAUUCAGCAAGGUAUCGAAGGCUUAUGAAGCUGCUCUGAAGUGUGCACUAGACUUUGGUGUGCGCAUCUCUUACAUCGGAAGCAUUGAUGAUCAACUCGUUUCUCUGGAGUCAUCUCUGUUCUCCCCCGUAGCACACCCAUACGUCUACCGUGCCGUUUUCGUGGAUGGUCGAGUGCACGCUCCCAGUUUCCUAUCUCAUCUCGUCGGCUUUGCUCUGAAGCUCCGCAACCUAGGAGUCCCAGACCACGGCCUGAUACGUGAACUCAGCACCCCUCUCGCAGGUAGCUUAUACACCGGCGAAGGACAUUCUCGACUGUACGAUGACGAGAGUGUCUAUGCGAUGGCCAUUGAGUUCGCGUUAGAGACCUCUUCCGUUCCAGAUUCGACUCUCAGCAUCAAGCGAGCCACCAGCUCUGUGACGCCCAACCCGUACAUUCUACCUUUUGCAAUGCGCGGUCUGCUGGAGGAGGAGUACGUACGGCGCGAGAUGCACGAUGAGACGAUGGAGUUGCUGAAGCAGUUUGAUGACUGGAAGCCUUCUAGCAAGGUUUUGAAAGAUGUCAAGUUCCGGUUGGAGGGAAUUCGGUCCAAGCUAUAG